AUCCGAAGCGCAUCUUGUCUUUCUUUACUGACUGCCAUCUUUAAAGCGUUCCUCAAAAUAAGGCAAUUUCUUCCCUUAUUUCCCAUCAAAUUCAACCAAAAUGGCUGGAAAUCAAAAGUUUCACAUCAGUAAGUGAGCCUAGAAGAAGAAAUUAAGUAACCUAUCUCCGAAAUCAACCAAGGAGAGCCUUGCAAAGUACCUUGGAUUAGAUGCAACUCCAUACUUACGAUCAUCCAGCUGGGUCGAUCUGCCACUUGACAAGUCGGGCAAGUCUUUAGGUUUUGCAUAUGUUAAUGUCCCCACUCAUCUUGGGACCCACAUGACUGAUCUAAAUAACACCAAGUAUAUGGACAAGAGGAUAGUUGUUCAGCCAGUUUAUGGCAAGGGUAGCCAGCCAUCUAUGUAUUCUAGCCCAAAUGUUUUUGUGCCAUUCGAUAUGGCAAAUUAUGCCAGUGGCGCUUGGCCCAGACCAGGAAAUAUUCGUAACCGAAGGUACGGUGGACAUCCAAUAUCCUACGAACAGGUGUCUAUCCCAGUGGAAAAGAAGCUGGCUCUCAUUGAUGUAGCCAUCAAUUUAACAAAUAAAAUCUUCUCUCUGGAUCUAGACUUUGUACUCGACAGAGCACUUAAUGCUGGCAUAGAGAAGAUGAUCCUAACAGGCAACACUAUUCAAAUGUCUGACAAAGCAGUCCUGCUUGCAAAUCGUCACCCAGGUUUUAUUUAUGCUGGUGUUGGUAUUCACCCACACUUUGCCGAAAAACAAUGGAAUGCAAAAACUCUUGAAGUCAUGAAAAGACUGGUUUCAUUGCCAGAAGUAGUUGCAGUUGGUGAAGUGGGCUUGGAUUUCCACAGAAACUACUCCAAGCAGGAAAACCAAAUAGAAGCUUUUGAAAAGCAGGUUGAAUUGGCCUGCGAGUUUAAGAAGCCUCUUCUUGCACAUGAGCGUGCAGCCCACCAGAAAUUCAUGGAAAUCCUAAGCAAGUUCAGGGGUCGUCUGCCUCCUAUCGUGGUUCACUGCUUCACUGGAACAAAACAAGAAAUGAAAACUUAUGUAGCAAUGGGCUUUUAUAUUGGAAUUACAGGGUUUAUUUGCAAAGAAAAAGUUGGGAAGAACCUGAGAGAAGCCAUUGCAGACUGCCCUCUGGAUAGAAUACUACUAGAAAGUGAUGCCCCAUACAUGAUCCCUAAUGCACCAAUCACAGAUCUUGAUAGCGUAUGCCGAUCUUUGAUCUCAAAAUGCAAGACUGGAAGAAAUGAGCCUUGUACUCUUCCCGUUGUGGCUUACACUGUUGCUAAGUGCCUUGAGGUUGAUGUUGAGGAGGUUACGAAGGCAACAAUGGACAAUGCUAAUAGAGUAUUCAAUUUGACGAAUACUACACCUGUAGACGAGGAAAGCUAAGGUGUAAAUUUUUUACAAAAUAUAAAGGAUUACUGGAUUAUUCACUUAUGAUUACCAGUAAACAAGGUAUAUCUUGAUUACAGAUAUUACCAAAAUACAGUUUCACAUUCAAUCAUAUAAAACUAUAUUUAUGUUUAAAUUCGGUUUAGAAAAAUUACGCGAGAUAAUUAAAAUGGAUUUGUUUGUUCAAAGGUUUUGAAAAAUUAUCCCCAAAAAAUUAGAAAAAAAUUAUACAAAAAUGUUAUGUUAUGAAAUCAAGUAUCAUUCCUUAACAAUGGAAAUAUUAUUAACAUUUGGAAUUUUAGAAUUUUCCAAAGACAAAACAAAGAGAAAUCCACAAAACUAGAUUAAUAAAACUAGUGUUUAUUGAAAAUGUUACUUAGUUUAUGAAGAGUUAAAAAAAACAUAUAACAAAAUUCUAAUAAAUCUUAGCUUUACUUCAAACCAAUAUGUCACAGCACAGCCAUCACUACAUAGACCUUUUCUGAGUUUCAAAAAUAUGAUGCGUUCUGGUAUAGCUUGGGUUACUACAAACAACACCAUUUAAUGAUAAGUUUAGCUUUUAAUAAUAGAUUUAAAAUGAAUAAAAAACGCUACUAAAUUA